CUCUUGCUAGUUUUUUUAUUGUUAAAACCAUGGUCUUAAAGACAUGGUUGUUUCUGAUAUUUGUUUUGGCUCAAAACGUGUUUUCCAUUAAGCUUUCAACAACUUCGACUGAAAGACAACUACCUUUAUUAUUAUCUCCACAACCCCUAAAUAUAUCUCCAAAACCCGUAAAUAUAUCUCCAAACGAGGUUCCCAAAAACUGCCUAGAAGUGCAAAAUAGUGGUCAAACUUCUUCUGGUAUCUAUAAGAUUAAGCCAAAGACUAGUUCCAAAGUCUUUUUGGUUUACUGUGAUCUGAAGACUAAAGAUGGAGGUUGGACCUACUUACUUAACAGGCUUGAUGGGACUGAGAAUUUUAAUUUAGCCUGGGAGGACUAUAAAUGGGGUUUUGGUAAUUUAAACGGAGAGUUUUGGUUAGGCUUAGAACAUUUACAUGAGUUAACAGGAGAUGGUGGAUACGAAUUACUUAUAGAAUUAGAAGAUUGGGUUAAAGUAAAAGUUUAUGCCCGUUACAGUUUAUUUGCGAUAGGUAGUGAACUCGAAGGAUAUUCUUUGAAAGUUUUGGGAGGGUAUAGUGGUGACGCUGGUGAUUCUCUCAGUUACAGUGCAGGUACUAAAUUUUCAACAAAAGACAAAGAUCAGGAUCAUUCUCCUAAUAACUGUGCUGAUAUACACGGAGGUGCAUGGUGGUAUAGAAAUUGCAUGCACGCCCUUCUCACUGGAAAUUAUAUGAAGGAAUCAGUGCCACCGGAUCAAGAACAUAAAAUAAUGUAUUGGGAAAGUUUUCGUGGGACGCGGUAUAGUCUCAAAAUAGCCAGAAUGAUGGUCAAACCAAUAAAAGUUGAUCAAUAA